UUGUGAAGUUCCUCUCUCCGGUGCAUAUCUCCAAGUCGACAUCAUACCGAAUAUCAAUUUAUUCAUGUUGAUGGGAAGCUAGGAAAUCUUUACUUAGCAUCUCGCAUCUUUCUGUCGUCUAUCGCCAUCUUCAUGUACUUAGUACCAUCAUAGAAUACCACCUCCUUCCCAGCCGCUUUAUGCACUUGGUUGCUUUGUUCAGCCCCCAAUCCAGCAGCCCACAGCACCUUAUUCACAAGCUUCUGUCAAGGAAGCCCCUGUUUGCCGAUACAUCGUCCGAGCUUUCACUGUAGCACUCACUGCACCACACGCGGCAACUUGUGCAUCUCUCUUUGAAUUACAUAGCAGGACGUCAAAGCAAACAUCUGGGCCAGUCGCUCUCUUGAAAAGCGCUCGGUGCCUUCUACGUCUACUCGUCUACUAGGCCGACCUGUUCUAUCUUGGCCGUUAUCUUGGCGCUUCAUCGCGCCGCGCUGGCGAGAGGUCGACAUCCCAGUCCCACUGUCUCGCUCGUAGCCCAUAGCAUAGUAUGCUACCCAGACGCUCGACACUGCACCGCUAUUGAGCAGCAAACAGGUUAACGAGACAAAUCUAAGGAGUCUCAGUAUGGCAAACAAUACCGAUAUCACUUCUUUACAUGUCAAGCCCGAUGAUGACCAAUUACCAUACGAGCUUGCGGCCGGCGAUGUCAACCUUUCGAAUACCAUAUCACCGACUGUAAUGAAGGACAAGAAUCAUGAACGGGAAGAUGCCAGGGUUAAAGGAGCACCACUUGCAUUGUUGGACCUUCCAAUCGACGUGUUAAGAUUGAUAGUAAACGAGAUCACAUACACGAAUGAUUUGAUCGCGUUGGCCUUGACCCACUCGGCGCUUUACGAUUUAGCUGUGCCUAACAUCUACUCUCGCUUUGAUAUUGUCUGGCCUGAUAAUUCUACUUCAGCCCAGAACUCCAAAAGCGUUGACGCACUCUCCUAUGGCUUGGCAACACUUUGUUUCCCAAGCAGGUUCGCCGACACAGCAAGACGCUCACGCCGAGUUGAUUCCGCGCGGUCACACGCUGCGUACCGACUGGUGAACAACAACUAUGCCAAAUAUACCCGGAAGUUCUCAAUUGGCGACGGACCCUCGGAUUGGACUUCGGAAUAUCUCAUUACUAAAGAGAGUGGGAAGAUGCUGGGGACAUUGGUUGCUAUUGCUGUCUCAAAGAUGGUGAACCUUGAGACUUUCAUAUGGGAUAUGCCCACUGGAGUUCUGUCGGAUGUUUUCAUGGCGCUCGCCUCUCUUCAAGACGAUAGAGGCCAUUCCAAGCUCGAGAGGCUAUGGAUCCGGUGGCAUGAUAGCUCGGCAACAUCUCCUACUUCUUCAUCUGCUUCAAGCCCUACCACUACACUUCCACCUAUCAACCCUCCCCCUCCUCCACCACAAACCUUUCCUGCUCUGCUGCCCGGCGGUCACAUUGCCUCCAGCGGCAGCUAUAUGGCAGCUCCUGCGGAUGAUGCCAUAGCGCAGGCCAAAAGUUAUGCCCAAAGCUCUGUCGAGUACCCAACCUUCAGUAUUCUACCUCCUCUGAGGAGUUUAACUGUUUUAGACAUAGAUGACCUCUCUUAUCUUGAUGAGAUGUCCGUCUUAAUUGAACGCUCCACAUCUCAUCUCAGGGAACUUCAGGUCGGAAUUUCUAAAAAGGCUUCCAGUCUCCACGAGUUCACACAGCCUUGGGAUGGGGCCAAUUUGCAACAGGUUGAUCAUGAUGCGAAGUGGCCAGGUGAAAGCCGAAUCCCUACAACCAGGCUAGGAGGCGUUUUAGGGGUGCUGGUGGGGCGAAUAUACGAUAUACGGAGAAAACCUUACCCAAAAAGCCAUCAGAAAUCGGAACCCGAAGAGACCGUUGACCUGCCUGGCGAAAUUAAGAAUUUAGGGCCAGUGAAGGAGACGAAUAAAGCUUCCAAGGCGCAAAUCACGGCAAAUUAUGAUAUUUCUGAGUCCUCUCUUGGUAGGAAGAGACUAGAUGGAAAGCUAAAACUUGAAAAGCUGGCACUAGAGAGAGUAACCCUCUCGAUUAUCGUCUGUUCCAGAGCCAUUGACUGGAGUAAUUUGACUAACCUGACAAUUCUGGGCUGUCGACACCACGAAUCUUUAUGGAAGGCCCUAAAGAGGCAAUUCCAACCUACUCCCCCAGCCCAUGGCUCUCCUCAGGGUACCUCAACACGUUAUCAUUUAUCCCUGAAACAUCUUUCAGUAGAUUUGGCGUCGCCAGAGCUUCUUAGCUUUAUGAAAGAGGCCAUCGCACAGAAUACCAUGGAAACCAUCUUUUUGCAAGACCGAGGGCGUGGAUCCAAGCCCUCGAUCACAUUGGAACAGAUUUUCAAGUGUGUCGUCAAACGCCAACGAAACAGUCUAAGGAAGCUGCUUAUCGAUAGCUCAUCAGAGAAAAGGGCGUCAAAUCCCAUCAUGCCACCAGGCGUACCUGGGCGUUGGAAGCAUUGGGCAGUAAGAGAUGAGCAUUUAUCUUAUAUCACUAGCGGCAGGAUGGCAAACUUAAAGGAAUUGGGCAUGGUGAUUGAUUUCAAAGACUGGGUAAGUACAGAGCAUAUAGGAGCCAUUACGAGUUUGUCGUGGUACAAUCCACUAACACGAUGGAACACAGCAUAUGUUUCUUCAACGAUUACCUCAAUUGGCCAAUCUGCGUUCUCUGUACAUUCCGCAAAUGCUUGAUCGCCGUUCGACCCCACCAGCGCCGAAGGAGCUGGCACUCCAGAUUGUAGAUAUCAUUAGCCUGAGAAGGGAGAUACGCCUCGCCUACAUGGGGCUCUGGGAUAAGUGCUUUGAGAUUACGGAGCACAGCGAUAGUGUUAACAGUCGCUUCGGAGAUUAUGAUGAUCACGCCAUAUCUGUGGGCGAUACAGAUCACAUCGACGGCACCAGCGACGGCGACGAUGACACCGAGGACGAUGACAACGAUGAUGGGAACGGCUCUUUUAUGGACGGAGACUCUGAUUUCAUGGCAGAUACGUCUGAGGAUGGUGAAUCAGAGACAGAGUCGU